CUGACCUCCACGCCUCUUCUCCCUCCCGUCACGAUUCGUACAACGUCUGUACCGCCAAAAACAAAAUACAUUCAGCGUCUCCGCUGAUUUCUCGAGCCUGUCAGCGCCUCCUCGCACCAUUCACAAAUCGAUCGCCCGCAAGCCCCAGCAUGAAGACCGUCGCACUCGUGCUUGCCAUGUUGUUUUCCACCGUGGUUUCCACCGUGGCCGGUGAAAUAUCCCAGUCCGCGGUCGGAGAGCCUGCUGGGAUCGGAGGAAACAUUGUAGGAUCAACCAUCACCAUUCCAACUGCGAGUCCUGUCCCGUACAACGAGUCCUGUGCCGUGGGCACCUACGUGCUCAAUGGAAGCAGCAUUGGCAUCUACUGCAACACCAACGACUACUCCGAUUGGUACUACGACUGGACCUCGAUCGACCUGGACGCCUGCGUCGGCAACAAUGCUGGGUCCUUGGUUCCAUACCCCUUUGGGAACUUUUCGAGCAGUUGUGACGGCUGCAAUGUCACCUGGAGCCACGUCGACGAAACCCCAUACAGCACGACCUACGUUACCGGCUACCACUCGUCCGUGGUCAGCAGUGUCGCCAUGCUCUUCACGCCCCGCUGGGAUGAUUUGUACUUGGCCUGCUCCGGCUGCAACGCUGGGUCCGGCACCACGGUUGUGCCCGGGCAGCUGGCCCUCAACAAGGUCCUGGUCAACAACGAUGGCACCAUCGGCUGCUUCAACGCCAAUGGAUCUACCCAGCGGGCACAGCCCACGGUUGAGCGCGCCCUUGUCCCUCGGACUGCCUUUGCAACGCCCACUGGGGCCUCGGAUAGACCAAACGGGAUGGUCACGCCCCGAUGGUAGGCCUCCUAGGUGGCAGAGAACAGGAAGGCUGCCCAGCAGCUGAUCAGACCCGUGUGUUUCCGUUUGAGAACUCGAGACAGCUGCAUCAACCAAUGAAACUUCAUAGAUGACCAAUGGGUUCUUAACCGUGCAUACUCUCUUCAGCACAGAACGAACAGGGACAGUAGGCGUGUGGUAUGCGACAGAGAAAGAGAGUGACAAUACUGAAGAUGGUACUUGCCGUUGCGUCUCACAGAAAUCAGGUCGGUUGAUAACUUUGCCGUGGCAUUGGUUGGAAUGGUCUUCUAACAUUGUACAUUGGAGACAUGACGUUGAACGUGGUGUGGUUCCUACAUGGUCCGGCCGUCUAGAUUUCCAGACUACCAA